AUGUCCAUAGGAGAGAAAGAAGGGGAGAAAUCGCUUAACCAUGACGGAGAACUUGCAAAGCGUGAAUUUGAGAAAAGGGCAUGUUGUGUUGCAAAUUUUGGAUCGGAGGAGGAAUGCGCACUACAACAAGGGAAGUUGGUAAAACAAAGAAAGAGAUCUGCAGAAGCAAAUCCGCUUUUCAAGCGUGACGGAAGUCUAAUGCCAACUUUGCACAAUGUAUGUAGGGCUAAUAGAAACUUUAGGCGCAAUGCUCUGGGUUUUGCGUAUACGAUUAUGGCGCUUGUUUUGAGUACUGUCACUGCGGUGGCGGUACUAUUGGUGAGGCUGCAUGCGCAGGCAAGUCGGCGGGAGCAGGAGUGUUCCAGGAAACAAGGACACUUGAGAUCACAGGCUCAGACCAGAGAACCAAAACUUCAUCUCCUUAGUCAGAAGAAAACAGAGUGUGACAACACCAUAUUCACGCGAUGGGAUCCGGGGUCUUGGACGCCAGUAGAGAAACCAGGACUCCCAGGAUCCCGUAGAACCUCACAACAGCAAAUUUUCUGCACAAAUCAUAGUCGUUUCCUUGGUGGAUAG